UUUACGGGCGCACGUGGGAAUUUCCAUGUGCAGUUCCAGCACGCUUGACGACUUGUCAGUAGUGGCGAGCGUCUCAUUUUUCCGGCCGAAAUGGAGGAAGAAAUGGAGGUAGCGGUGUUCAGAGAUAACCCCAUAACGGGUACACGGGAAUUUGUCGAUUAUCACGAAGAUUAUGACCGCCAGCAAGAUCUUGCGAGGAGUGCGUUUGGCGACAUGCUCCACGACGAAGAACGAAACCAAAAGUACCAUCGCGCGUUACGCGAAGCUAUCGACACAGUGCAUCAGUUAGGAGCAAGAGCGAUAGUUCUGGACAUCGGUACCGGUUCGGGUCUUUUGGCAAUGAUGGCCGCUGAGCACGGAGCUGAAGUUGUGUACGCGUGCGAGGCAUUUCAGCCUACUGCAAACUGCGCAGCGAAAGUUAUGGAAGACAACGGCCUCAGCCAAAGAAUACAUCUCAUUGCGAAGAAGUCUAAAGAUUUGGAAGUUGGACCAGGCAAAGACAUGGAAGAGAAAGCAAACAUCAUUGUGGCAGAAGUGUUUGACACGGAGUUAAUUGGUGAAGGUGCCAUUGACACGUUUGCUGAUGCAUUUAAUAGACUUGCGCAGCCUGGUUGCAUCGCAGUACCUCAUGCAGCAACAGUGUAUGCUCAGGUGGUGGAGUCGUCAUUCUUGAGAAGCUACCACAUACCAAAUCCCAUUCAAGUGACACCUGAGCUUAAAGUUGACGUGCCUGCAUCAGUGCGAACGUGCCCUGGUAUGCCUUCAGCUAAUGACAUUCAACUGAGCCAGCUACAGCCAAAUGAUUUUGUGUGUGUCACUGACCACACGCCUGUUUUCAGGUUUGUUUUUUCUGACAUUGAGACAAUGAAAUAUGUGGAUGAAUGUUCACUUGUGCACCUAAAGUCAAAAGUUGAUGCCAUCUGCCAUGUUGUUGUGAUGUGGUGGGAGUUGGAGAUGAAUCCAAGCGACAGCAUUCACUUGUCCUGCGCACCAUACUGGGCUCAUCCUUUGGGCAAAGAGCAGCCGUGGCGGGACCAUUGGCUCCAGGCGGUUUACUAUCCACCCUAUGAAGUGAAUGUUCGGGCCAAUGAAAAUUUUUGCUUGGUUGCACGAAGAGAAAUCUACAACGUGUACGUUUUAAUCUCUUUGAGUUCCACUCCUAAGAUGCCGGAAAAGCCUUCCUGCCGCUGCAAUCUUCAUGCCUUUAUGAGCCCUACCAGAAUUGGUGCGCUUGGUGACCGCUCUCGCCACGCAAAGUUUGCUGCCGCACUCCGAAAGGUCAUUAAUAAGGACAGUGUGUGCCUCUGCGUUGGCAGUGACAUUAUGCUUCCCCUGAUGGCCUCCAUGCUUGGAGCAAAAGAGGUUUAUGUUGUUGUGGAUGAUAGCUAUGCUCAUUCUUUGCUGAAGGAAUAUGCUGAUCACAAUGGCCUUCGGAAUAUAUUUGGAAUCUCAAAAGAUGCACUAUGCCUCUCUGAACAAGAUCUAAUGAAAAAGGCAUCUGUGCUGAUUGGUGAGCCACACUUCAGCUCCAGCACCCUACCGUGGCAUAACCUAAAAUUCUGGUACGAAAAAUCUUCACUGCAACGCCUAAUGUGGCCAUCGGACUCUAUUGUAAUUAUUCCUCAAGGCUUCUAUUUAAAAGCGGUGGGAGUUCACUUUAGGGACCUCUGGAAGAUUAGAGCUCCCAUCGAAGUCACAGAAGGUUUCAACCUGGGUUCAUAUGGCAAGGUGGUUCAGGAGGCCCAGUCAGCCAGUGAUGACACCGUGGAGCCACAAUCAUUGUGGGAGUAUCCAUGCGAGGCUAUGACACAAGAGUUUACAAUUAUCAAGCUUGACAUGACAAAAGACCCUGACACAACGGACACCAUAUUAUGCCAUGGAGAGGUGCCUUUUGAAAAGCAAGGUCACUGCAAUGGAGUGGCGUUGUGGACAGAAUUCGUACUCGACGAUUCUAACACCGUCACAUCUGGUCCCACAAGACCAAUUGUUCCAGGUGAACAAAUUGUUUGGGAUCGCUUUGCCCGCCAGGGAGUUCAAUUUCUUACGCAGACCAUGUUGGACCCUAAAGUUCUCAAAUGGGCAUUUGCUUUUAAUUUGUCAACUGGUUGGAUACACUUUGACUUCAGUGUGCAAUGACUUUGAUGUGACUUUGGACCAGUUGGCAGCCAAGGAGACUGCAGUCAAUUGGACUCCGAUAAUGUUGUGCAAGUUAUGUUGCAUUGGGUUUUUAGUGAGGACCAGCUGACUGAUGUCAGUCAGCUCUUUUGUGUGUAAGUUAUUUUUAUAAAGGCAAUAAAACAUCAUUUCUACACUUCUGAAAUCUGAUGAAACAGC